CUUGAGCCUGUUUCCUGGACUGAGCAGUGGAGCUGCACUGAUGGGGCAUCUGGCAGCCCCUCUGGGGACCUCAGAGGGCACAGCAGCAAAGAGCUGGUAGCAUUGGGUCUCCAGGUGCCCAGUGGGUCAAAGGGUGAGGCUGAGUGGUCAGAUGAUACAGGGUGAGCAGCAGGAGCAUUGUGAAGUCACAGAGGAAGUGGGAUGCUACAGCUGGGGCCUCAGGCUGCAGGAGGGAAGGUGUGGCCAGGCCGACUCAGGGCCCUCUGUCUGUGGAAGGGAGCCUCUAGGAUCAGCAGGGCAUCUCUGGUGCCCAAGGUGGACUGAUGAGUAGUUGGAUGCAGAGGCCUCCAUGGCUGUGAUAAGCCUGCUGUUCUUGGCAGUCAUGUAUAUUGUACACCACCCCCUGAUGGUCAGUGACCGCAUGGACCUGGACACACUUGCCAGGAGUCGGCAGAUGGAAAAGCGAAUGAGCGAGGAGAUGCGGCAGUUAGAGACAGAGUUUGAAGACAGAAAGCGAGCGGCCGAGCAGAAGCAGAGGGCAGAGAGCUUUUGGAGAGGAGAUACGCCCAGUGAUCAGUUAGUGCUGGGGAAGAAAACUGCGGGGUGGCCAUUCCAGGCCAACGGCCAGGAGGGUCCUUGGGGCUGGCUGCUGGGGAACCUGUGGAAUGCUGGCCUCUUUUGCCUUUUUCUCAUCUUUGAGUUCCUGCGACAGAACAUGCAGCAUGAACCAGCCUUUGAGUCCAGCAGCGAUGAGGAGGAGGAAGUGCGUGUUGUGCCUGUCACUUCUUACAACUGGCUCACCGACUUCCCCUCCCAGGAUACCCUGGAAUCCUUUUACAAACACUAUAUCCAAAAUGCUAUCCGGGACCUGCCAUCCACCUGCGAGUUCGUGGAGAGCUUUGUGGAUGAUCUCAUUGAGGCCUGUCGGGCACUCAGCCGCCGGGAGGCUCACCCACAGUUGGAGGACUGCCUGGGCAUUGGGGCUGCCUUCGAGAAGUGGGGAACCCUCCAUGAAACCCAGAAAUUUGAUAUCCUUGUGCCCAUCGUUCCCCCAGAGGGUACCAUGUUUGUGCUGGAGAUGAGGGAUCCGGCGCUUGGCCGUCGCUGUGGCUGUGUAUUGGUGGAGUCUGAAUGUGUGUGCAAGCGUGAGAAGCUCCUGGGGGACGUGCUGUGCCUUGUCCACCACCACAAGGAUCACUCAGUGGCCUUGGGAAAGUGUAGCAGUUCCAUUAAGGCAACUCUCUGCACUGGCAGGCACCUGGAUGUGUGCAAGACUGUGCAGUGGUUCCGGAACAUGGUGGGCAAUGCCUGGGCCCUGGUGGCCCAUAAGUAUGACUUUAAACUCAGUCUGCCACCGUCUACCACCUCCUGUAAGAUCAGGCUGGAUUACCGCUCAGGCCGCUUUCUGUCAAUCAGCUUGAUCUUGGGGGUGCAGCGGGAAGAUACCUUGGUCUACCUGGUGAGUCAAGCCUCCGAGCAGGAGCAGCUCACCAGUGUGGACUGGCCAGAGUCCUUUGCAGCCUGUGAGCACUUGUUCUUGAAGCUGGUAGGGCGCUUUGCCCCUGAGAACACCUGUCACCUCAAGUGCCUACAGAUUAUUUUGAGUCUCCAGGACCACCAGAGCUUGCCCCCUGGGGCAUCCCACCCCAUCCUAACCCCCUACCACUUCAAAACGGCACUUAUGCACCUGUUGCUGCGGCUGCCCCUGACAGACUGGCAGCAGAGCAUGCUUUCUCAGAGGCUGCAGGACCUCCUCUGGUUCCUGGGCCGUGGCCUCCAGCAAAGGUCCCUCAAUCAUUUCCUCAUUGGUAACAACUUCCUGCCCCUGACCAUCCCCAUCCCGAAAACGUUUCGGAACGCUGAGCCUGUCAAUCUCUUCCAGCACCUGGUGCUGAACCCCAUGGCGCACAAGCAGGCGGUGGAAGAGUUCCACAACCUUCUGACCCAGGUGAAAACGCUGCCCUGUGCCCCAUUGGCUGGGGCACCUUAAUGUAAAGGCUAUUAAAAAAAAAAAAACACAAAAAUGGAAGAAGGUAUUUCUAAUUCCUCAGGCUGCUAAAGAGUUUAUCUUUCCACAUAUAUCACUGGUGUAUACGUAGGUGACCUUCACCUUGCCAGUGGGGGCUGUGGAUAGAGUCCUGAGAUAGAUGCAGCCUGCAGGGUCUAAUCUAGGGGGGGGCUGAGGUCUUCUCCUGACUUAGCUUUCAUCAUGACCCAAAGAAGGGCCAGGGAACUGGAUGUUACAGGAGGAUCUUGUAGCUAAGGAGCUGAGAUCCUGUGAAGUUGUGUUUCUGUACCAACACUGGAAGCAAAGGAGAACCAGAGAAUACCUCCAUCCCAGCCUCCUCUUUUUGUGAAUGGUUCCCACACGUUCCUUGUGAACUGGGUCCCUGUUGAACUAGUAGCUGGAUUUCCCUCCCAGGGGACUCCACCUUAUCCCAAAUACUGUGAUGGCAGCUUCUCAUACUUUGCGAUCUGAUUUUUCAGACCUUUGCUGUGUUGAAAAUAUAAUCAAAAUGUUUUUUUCCAUUUUCUUAAUGAACCCUAUAUUCAUGACAUUAUAGUUUGUUUUGUGAACUGAGAGAAACUCCAGUACUGCCCAAAUCAUUUUAGCAUUGACUCACAAAUAUUCAGUCAAUGGUGACUUGUCCCAUAACUGAGAUAAUGUAUUUCCUAUAUUUUAUUAAAGCGCCAACAUUUUAUGACCUUUCCUGGGCCUGGAAGCAACAUUUUAAAACCGCUCCGGGACAUUCUAAAGGCUGAGGGCAAUCUUUCUGUAAUUAUCAAUUACUUGUUUCUGAGGAGAAGCCACUUGUGUGUUCUAUGCGAAGGUUUAGCUACCAUGUGUAGCUGGAAUUUUCUGGUCAUGCCUUUGUGUUUUCAUCAAAGAUGACAAAGGGAUUACUUGAAGUAUGUUUGUGGUUUUGAAAAGGGGGAUAUCACAAUCCAGGCCCACUGCCAGGGCUGGACAGGAAGGGACUGUGAAGCAGUUCAACUCCAACAGAAUCCUGAUUCUAAGAGAUAUGGUUGGUGUAUUUUCCCCUCCUUUCAAAACCUUGAGCACCCUGAGGAGGGGCAUUAAGAAGUAGUGGUGGGUGUGGUUGUUGUGGAAAGGUUAAGCUGUUCCUGCCCAGCACGGCCAGGGAAGAUCUGUUGGGAAGAGUUUCUGGCCCCACAUUCAACUUGGUCUUGGUGGGGGUGAGAUGCCAGCUUUUAGGACUUGUGUUAAGACCUCCACACUUUCUUCCACUCCAGGAAAAAUAAAUUAAAUAUCCCAGAAA